CCGCCCGGUCAGCCCCGAAGAGUUGCCCGGUGGCCACGGUAGACGGAAGCCGAGCGAGAGUCUCGGCGGCGGCGGCGGCGGCAGGAUGGGAGACUCCAAAGUGAAAGUGGCCGUCCGGAUCCGACCCAUGAACCGAAGAGAAGUCGACUUGCAUACCAAAUGUGUGGUGGAUGUAGAUGCAAACAAGGUUAUUCUUAAUCCUGUAAAUACUAAUCUUUCCAAAGGAGAUGCUCGAAGCCAGCCAAAGGUGUUUGCAUAUGAUCAUUGUUUCUGGUCUAUGGAUGAAUCUGUCAAAGAAAAGUAUGCAGGUCAAGAUGCUGUUUUUAAGUGCCUUGGGGAGAAUAUUCUUCAAAAUGCUUUUGAUGGCUACAAUGCAUGUAUCUUUGCCUAUGGACAGACUGGAUCUGGAAAAUCUUACACCAUGAUGGGUACAGCUGAUCAACCUGGAUUAAUCCCAAGACUUUGCAGUGGACUCUUUGAACGAACUCAGAAAGAGGAAAAUGAAGAGCAGAGUUUUAAAGUAGAAGUGUCCUAUAUGGAAAUUUAUAAUGAAAAAGUCAGAGACCUUCUUGAUCCCAAAGGAAGCCGUCAAACGUUAAAAGUCAGAGAGCACAGUGUGUUGGGACCCUAUGUCGAUGGACUUUCUAAACUGGCUGUCACCGGCUAUAAGGAUAUUGAGUCUUUGAUGUCUGAGGGUAACAAAUCUCGUACAGUUGCUGCAACCAACAUGAAUGAGGAGAGUAGUCGAUCCCAUGCAGUCUUCAAAAUCACCCUCACUCAUACUUUGUAUGAUGUGAAGUCUGGGACGUCUGGAGAGAAAGUGGGCAAACUGAGCUUGGUUGACCUAGCUGGCAGUGAGCGGGCAACCAAAACAGGAGCUGCCGGUGACAGGCUGAAGGAGGGGAGCAACAUUAAUAAGUCCCUCACAACCCUCGGUCUGGUUAUCUCAGCCCUGGCAGAUCAGAGUGCUGGCAAAAACAAGAAUAAGUUUGUUCCAUAUCGUGACUCAGUUCUCACUUGGCUGCUCAAAGACAGUCUUGGAGGUAACAGCAAGACAGCCAUGGUAGCUACUGUGAGUCCAGCAGCUGAUAACUAUGACGAAACCCUUUCAACUCUGCGGUAUGCAGAUCGCGCCAAGCACAUUGUGAACCACGCUGUGGUGAAUGAGGAUCCGAAUGCGCGAAUUAUUCGGGACCUGAGGGAAGAAGUAGAAAAACUCCGAGAGCAGCUAACCAAAGCAGAGGCAAUGAAAUCUCCAGAGCUCAAGGAACGGCUGGAAGAAUCAGAGAAGCUAAUCCAGGAAAUGACUGUGACCUGGGAGGAGAAAUUAAGGACAACCGAGGAAAUUGCCCAGGAGCGACAGAAACAACUUGAAAGUCUUGGAAUAUCUCUUCAGUCUUCUGGAAUUAAAGUUGGGGAUGAUAAAUGUUUCCUUGUUAAUCUGAAUGCUGAUCCUGCUUUGAAUGAACUUCUGGUUUACUAUUUAAAGGAACAUACGUUGAUAGGUUCAGCAAAUUCCCAAGAUAUCCAACUGUGUGGAAUGGGAAUUCUUCCUGAACACUGUAUUAUAGACAUCACACCAGAAGGCCAGGUUAUGCUGACUCCUCAAAAGAACACCAGAACAUUUGUAAAUGGCUCUUCUGUAUCCAGUCCUAUACAGCUACACCAUGGGGACAGGAUAUUAUGGGGAAACAACCACUUCUUCAGAUUGAAUUUGCCUAAAAAGAAAAAGAAAGCACACCGAGAGGACGAGGAACAAGAUACUUCCAUGAAGAAUGAUACCAGUUCUGAGCAGUUGGAUGUAGAUGGAGACUCCUCCAGCGAAGUAUCCAGUGAGAUCAACUUUAAUUAUGAAUAUGCACAGAUGGAGGUUACCAUGAAGGCUCUGGCUAAUAAUGAUCCAAUGCAGUCAAUACUGAACAGCCUAGAACAACAGCACGAAGAAGAAAAACAGUCCGCACUAGAGCGCCAGAGGCUUAUGUAUGAGCAUGAAUUGGAACAACUACGAAGAAAGCUGUCUCCUGAGAAACAGAACUUUCGUAGUGUGGACAGGUUUUCUUUCCACUCCCCCAGUGCUCAGCAGCGAUUGAGACAGUGGGCUGAAGAGAGGGAAGCAACACUGAAUAACAGCCUGAUGAGGCUAAGGGAACAAAUUGUUAAAGCCAAUCUGUUGGUGAGAGAAGCUAAUUACAUUGCAGAAGAACUGGAUAAAAGAACAGAGUAUAAAGUAACUCUACAGAUCCUAGCCUCCAGCCUCGAUGCCAACAGGAAGCGAGGCUCUCUUCUUAGUGAGCCUGCCAUCCAGGUGAGAAGAAAAGGAAAAGGAAAGCAGAUUUGGUCUUUGGAAAAACUGGACAACAGGCUGUUGGAUAUGAGAGACCUUUAUCAGGAGUGGAAGGAGUGUGAAGAAGAUACCCCAGUAAUACGGUCUUACUUCAAGCGUGCUGAUCCGUUCUAUGAUGAGCAGGAAAAUCACAGUCUCAUUGGGGUGGCAAAUGUUUUCCUCGAGUCCCUCUUCUAUGAUGUGAAGUUACAGUACGCUGUUCCAAUUGUCAACCAGAAAGGAGAGGUGGCAGGUCGGCUGCACGUCGAGGUGAUGCGGACCAGUGGUGACGUUGUGGAAAGGAUUGCCGGAGGGGAUGACACCACAGACACCUCCUUUGAUAAGGAGACCCAGGAGAACAAACUCACGUGCAUGGUUAAAAUACUCCAAGCCACUGGGUUGCCACAGCAUCUGUCCCACUUUGUAUUCUGCAAAUACAACUUCUGGGAUCAACAGGAGCCAAUAAUUGUUGCACCUGAACUGGAUACCUCAUCCUCUCCUGUCAGCAAGGAACCUCAGUGCAUGGUUGUCUUUGAUCAGUGCAAUGAGUUUUCUGUUAACGUCACUGAAGACUUUAUUGAGCACCUUUCAGAGGGGGCAUUGGCAAUUGAAAUAUAUGGCCAUAAGAUGACAGAUCCUCGCAGAAACCCAGCCCUGUGGGAUUUGGGGAUUAUCCAAGCAAAAACACGUAGUCUUCGGGACAGAUGGAGUGAAGUCACCAGGAAAAUGGAAUUCUGGGUUCAAAUCUUGGAACAGAAUGAGAAUGGUGAAUACUGCCCUGUAGAAGUAAUUUCUGCAAAGGAUGUGCCUACAGGAGGAAUCUUCCAACUCCGGCAGGGGCAGUCCCGGCGAGUGCAGGUGGAAGUGAAGACUGUUCAGGAGUCCGGGACAUUACCACUGAUGGAAGAAUGCAUAUUGUCUGUUGGCAUUGGGUGUAUAAAAGUUAGAGCACUCAGAUCCCCCAAGAUGCAAGAGACCUUCCAUGAGGAAGAGGAGGACAUGGACAGCUACCAGGAUCGGGAUUUGGAGAGACUACGUAGAAAAUGGCUAAAUGCAUUAACAAAACGUCAGGAGUACUUAGAUCAACAACUGCAAAAGCUUGUCAGUAAACAUGAUAAAACAGAGGAUGAUGCUGACCGUGAGGCUCAACUUCUAGAGAUGAGGUUGACUCUAACUGAGGAAAGGAACGCGGUCAUGGUCCCCUCCGCCGGCAGUGGGAUUCCAGGGGCCCCAGCAGAAUGGACCCCGGUUCCUGGGAUGGAAACACACAUUCCUGUUAUAUUCCUUGACUUGAAUGCUGAUGAUUUCAGCUCUCAGGAUAAUCUUGAUGACCCAGAAGCUGGUGGAUGGGAUGCUACCCUCACUGGGGAAGAAGAGGAUGAGUUCUUUGAACUGCAGAUUGUUAAACAGCAUGAUGGAGAGGUGAGAGCAGAAGCCUCUUGGGACUCUGCAGUGCACAAUUGUCCUCUGCUCAGUAAAGGCACACCUGCCGAUGAGCGAGUGUUUCUGAUUGUGCGGGUGACAGUCCAGCUCAGCCAUCCAGCUGACAUGCAGCUGGUGUUACGCAAACGAAUCUGUGUCAAUGUUCAUGGCCGGCAGGGUUUUGCUCAGAGUCUCCUAAAAAAGAUGUCUCAUCGAAGUUCUAUUCCUGGCUGCGGAGUGACUUUUGAGAUUGUCUCCAAUAUUCCCGAGGAUGCCCAGGGAGUAGAGGAACGAGAAACAUUAGCAAGAAUGGCAGCUAAUGUUGAAAACACGGCAUCUGCUGACUCAGAGGCUUAUAUUGAAAAGUACCUCAGAAGCGUGCUGGCCGUGGAGAACCUCCUCACUCUGGAUCGUCUUCGCCAGGAAGUUGCAGUGAAGGAGCAGUUGACAGGCAAAGGGAAGCUGAGUAGGAGGAGUAUCAGCUCUCCCAACGUGAACAGAUUGUCUGGCAGCCGACAAGAUCUCAUUCCAUCCUACAGCCUAGGCAGCAACAAGGGCCGGUGGGAAAGUCAACAGGAUGUAUCGCAAAUCACGGUUUCCAGAGGAGCAGCUCCAGGUGCCCCAUCCCUCCCUAGUUGUCCCCAAAAUAACCAUUCUCCUGAUGCAGGACUGGGUAGCUUAGCGGCCUCCUACCUGAAUCCAGUCAAAUCCUUCGUGCCACAGAUGCCCAAGCUCCUGAAGUCUCUCUUCCCUGUGCGCGAUGAGAAAAGGGGCAAACAGCCUCCUGCCCUUGCACACCAGCCGGUGCCCCGCAUCAUGGUGCAGCCUGCCCUCCUGGACCCCAGGAUGGACCCCAGGACGGACCCCAGGAUGACCAGGGCUCCCCGGGAGAGCACCGGGGUGAGCGUGGCCUCUGCCGUGACUGUGCAGACCGCCCCGGCCGUGAAGACGUAUGACAAACCCACGCAAGUGCCUUCACCACAGUGCAUGGCCGCCAACACCCAGGUCCCCGAAGUGCAGGACGGGCCGCCCAGCCCCCUGAGCGAGACCUCCAGCGGGUACUUCUCACACAGUGUCUCCACGGCCACGCUGUCUGAUGCCUGCGCCCCGGGCCUGGAUGCUGCAGCCCAGGGGGGUGGGCAGACGCCCGGCUCGCCCCCUCCCGCCCCCUGCCAGGCCGGCCCCGAGACGGAGCCCCUGUUUCCAUCUGCUGCCCCUGGCGCAGACAGCGCUGUCCCUGCCUCGUUGGAGGGUCCGAGCAGCCCUCUGUCACUGCCUGUCCCAGCAAAGCAGACUUCGCCGAGUGAUGGUGACAGUGUGGCCCAGGCCAAGGGAGCAGUUUUCUCAGAGCAGCAGGAUGAAGAAACAGGCACUUCACCGACUGCUCUCCCGGCUUCUGCGCCCCAGGAGUCUCCCAGCCCGCAGAGCAGAAGCGACGGUUCCCCUGUCACCACGCCGCUGGGAAGACCCAAGGACCAGGCCCAGCCAGGCACCAGCUUAGAGCCGGAUGUGGACAAACCCCAGCUGGCGCCUGACCUCCUGCCUCAGUGGCCUGCUCCUGCCUCCCCGUUCAGGAUCCGGAAGGUGCGCACCUCUGAGCUGCAGUCCUUCACGCGCAUGCUUGGCGGGGACCCCUCUGGUGCCCAGGAGGACCCGCCAGCCUCGGGAGGGCCCCUUGACAGCGGCGCUGGAGGACAGACCCCGGAGAAGCUGGACGUGCCCUCUGAUUCCGAAGAAGCCAGUGAGGUCCCGGAGUGGCUCCGAGAGGGAGAGCAUGUCACCCUGGGCGCCAACAAAGUGGGCGUCGUGAGGUACAUCGGGCCCACCGACUUUCAGGAGGGGACGUGGGUCGGAGUGGAGUUGGACUUACCCUCAGGUAAGAAUGACGGCUCCAUCGGAGGGAAGCAGUACUUCAAGUGCAACCCCGGCUACGGGCUGCUGGUGAGGCCCGGCCGGGUGCGCAGGGCAGCGGGGGCAGGUCGGCGGCGCAGUGCGGGGCUCAGGCUGCAGGGCGCCCCGGAGCCUCGCAGGAGCAGCACCCUCUCCGGCUCUGCCACCAACCUGGCCUCCCUGACGGCAGCUCUGGCCAAGGCCGAGGGCACCGUGGCGCUGCGGGUGGACAGGAGCCAUAAGAACCCCGACGACCGGAAGUCCUGGGCCAGCUGAGCGGCACUGUGGGCGGAAGCUGACAGCGCGGACAGCCUUGGGGUGGAGCUGAGCUGAAUGGCCGGGUCACCUCAAACCCCCUUCCCUGGGACAGCAGGCAGUGAAGGCUUUUUGCACGAUGCAGGGCUGGUGACCCCUGUUUUGCCCAGGACUCUGGAAGCUUCAUUUCUUCCUCUACCCGGAGAAUGACGCGAGGCCUGCCCUCAAGGUAGCCGGUUGAAGGUUCUAGGAUCCCAGAAGGGUCCGGGCUUGUUGGGGGAGGCCCUGGGGCACACGGCCGGCCACCUUUCUCCCCUGGUCCCAGGGCUCUUCCCCCUGGGCUGUCGUUGCUCUUUCUCUGCCCUGGUGACGUCUUAAUUUAAAGGGCGACCCUAACUAGUGCCUUUCCUUCUGCACAGGCAGGGCCUCCCCCCUGCCUGCAGGCCGGUGCCUGCCCAGCCCGGCUCUGCUUGUACCUCAGGCUCCUGCAGCCAGGUUGUCCCCACAUCCUCCCGGGGUACUUAGCGGAAGUGCCUCCGGUGGCUCCUGGGCUUCUGACCCAAGGUCCCCAGUAACCCAGAGACCCGCUGGGCCUGCCCCGCCCGCUGUUCCCUCAUCCUUUCUACGGGAUUUCUUAGUUUUCUCUGUGGGUGUUUUAACAUCUUUAUA